UAUAUCCCUUCAAAUCGGGAAUCGAAUCACAUCUUCAAACUUUCGAUUCUUCAGAUAACAAUGGAGCUUCGAUAUCCCUCCCUUUCCAUCCUGCUUGCUUCUUUUCUCUUCUUGUAUGUAGCAAUCAAAACAGUAAAGAAAAUGAAAAGCACAGAUCCAAACAAGAAGCUGCCGCCAGGACCAUGGAAACUGCCCAUUAUCGGCAAUCUCCACCAGCUCGUGAAAUUCGGGGCACAACCUCACCAGAUUCUGAGAGAUUUGGCCAAUCAACAUGGACCCUUAAUGCACCUCCAGCUCGGCGAACUCUCCACCGUCGUCGUUUCAUCAGCAGAGAUGGCCAAAGAGAUCAUGAUAACACAAGGUCUUAUCUUCGCCGGUAGACCUUACGUGGCUGCUCUGGAUAUCGUGACAUACGGUUCCAGGGACAUCGCCAUGGCACCGUACGGAAAUUACUGGAGACAAGCACGAAAAAUUUGCACCGUGGAACUUUUAACAGCUAAAAGAGUGCAGUCGUUUGAAUCGAUCAGGCAAGAUGAAGUUUCAGCACUUGUGAAAUCUAUAGCUUCGAACCAAGGCUCGCCGGUCAAUCUCAGUAAGCAGAUUUUCUCCUUGACGUAUAGGAUCGCAUCUAGAGCAGCAUUUGGCAAGACGUGCAGCGACCAUGUAUCGUAUUUAGUGGCUGUGGAAAAAAUAAUAAAGCUAGGUUCUGGAUUUAGACUUGCAGACAUGUACCCAUCUUUUAGAGUGCUCGAGCUUAUUAGUGGAUUGAAGCAGAAAGCUGGAGCUUUGUUUCAGAUGUGUGAUGGGAUACUUGAAGGCAUCAUAAAUGAACAUAGAACCAGACUGGAGAACGGAAGAAUUGGUGAAGAAGACACCAAGGAAGACUUGGUCACUGUUCUUUUGAAGAUUCAACAACAAGGCGGUCUCGAAUUUCCCCUGACAGAUAAGGAAAUCAAAGCAAUCAUUUUUGACGUGUUCAGUGCAGGUGGUGAAACAUCAUCAACAGCCGUAGAAUGGGUAAUGGCAGAAAUGGUGAGAAAUCCAAGGGUGUUAAAAAAGGCACAAAGUGAAGUAAGAGAGAUCUGCCAAGGAAAAGGAGAUGUAGAUGAAGCAAGUCUUAAAGAACUAAAAUACUUAUCAUCAGUCAUCAAAGAAACCUUGAGGUUACACCCUCCAUUCCCUCUGUUACUUCCAAGAGAAUGCCGAGAGGAUUGUGAAAUCAAUGGCUACCAAGUUCCCUUCAAAACUAAAGUCAUAAUCAACGCAUGGGCCAUAGGAAGGGAUCCCAAGUACUGGAAUGAGCCUGAGAGAUUUUACCCUGAAAGGUUCCUCAAUAGUUCCAUUGAUUUCAGAGGAACGGAUUUGGAGUAUAUCCCAUUCGGUGCAGGAAGAAGAAUUUGUCCAGGAAUAUCAUUUGCACUUCCUAACAUUGAACUGGCUUUGGCAAAAUUGCUUUACCAUUUUGAUUGGGAGCUUCCUGAUGGAAUAAGGAAUGGAGACUUGGACAUGACAGAGGCUUUUGGUGUGACCAUGAGCAGAAAAAAUAAUUUAGUCUUAAUUGCUAUCCCUCCAAGUUAAUUAUCAACCCAGUAAUAUUUUUAAUUUCAACCCUAUACAUGUUUAU